AUGUUCAAGCGCUCGUUUCGAUCUCAGGACCGAGUCGACAAGGCGUCGAGACUGAAGAAGGCCACCCCGAUUCGGAACGACCCCCAGAAGCUGUCGAAACUGCAGCGGUCGAUCGAGGAGAGUAUGCCCGUCAAGAGGACUCUCAACUCGCCCAUCGUCACUCUGACGGUGGGGCGGGAAGGUCGGCUGUUUGCGGCGCAUGAGGAGGUCUUGGGCCAGUCGCCGUUCUUUGAGAGCGCCUGCCGGAACCAAUACCUUGAUGCGCAGAGUAAGAGAAUCUCACUUCCCGACGAAGAACCCGAGAUCUUCUCGGCCGUCCUCGAGUACCUCUACAAGGGUGACUACUACCCCCGCUUGCUCCACAACAAGAAUCGCAACUCUUGGGAGCUCGAGGAUUCCACAACGGCCGCAGGAAGAUCACCCAACCCUUCAGAAAACGGGGGCAGCCGCGGAGCCGUCGAGGCCACAACAUACAUUUCCAGCGUAGGGCAAGACCUACUUAGGGAUACUGUCAUAUACUGCGUCGCGGAUCGGUACGGGCUCGAGGAGCUCAAGCGCCUGGCACUGCGCAAGCAGGGCCUGCAGAGCGGAAUCGACGUCGCCACCAUCCUGCGCUCGGCUCAGUAUGCCUAUGACAACACGCCGGACUCGGACUCACGGCUGCGCGCUCAUUACCUUGCCCUGAUUAUCCGGUGUCGCAAGACAUUCAAGAGGAGCGGAACCAUGCAGCUCGAGAUGGAGCGGGGCGGCAAGCUUUUCUUCGACCUUUUUGUGGCCAUGUGCAACCACCUAGACGACGUCGUGGAGAUGAGCAAUGCUCGGACACCCAAGACCAUCUGA